AUGAAUCAUAAGGAUUAUCGUUAAGAUCAAUUUCGGCGUGAGCUACUGUUUAUCAGAAGGUUGAAUGAACAAUAUUCAUUCAAGAUACCCUUAAACAUAUAAAUACAUAAAAGUUUUUAAUUUUUUUACUACUCAAGAUUCUAAGUUGAUAGUUAUAUUCAUAUUUCUACCCAAUAAUGACUUCAACAUCGAGAGGAACCCAAGAAACGGAUAAAUUAAGAGCCAACCUAGAAGAGCAAUUGGAAAGGCUUAUUACUCAAUUGUCUGAUUUGGAAGAAUGCCGAGAUGAACUGGACGAUGAGGAAUAUGAGGAAACAAGAUCUCAGACAUUGGAACAGUUGAAAGAGUUUAGUGAAUAUCUUAAUGAUAUUGUUUCUGGUAACAUUACUUUGGUUGAUCAAUUAGGAGCUUACCAAUUGGCUAUUCAAGCUGCCAUUAGUAAUGCUUUCAAGACGCCAGAAGUUAUAAGAAUGUUUGCUCGUAAACAACCAGAUCAAUUAAGAGUGAAGUUGUCUGAACUUGAGAGACAGUUUGAAACUGGUAAACUCAGUCGUGAUAACUUUGACGAAAGAAGGUGUGAAAUACUGUUAGCAUUGAAAAAAUUGGGUGAAAAUCUUACACCUGAUCAAAUCUCUGUUAUUGAAAGACAUUCGUCAAUUGCAAUGAAAGACUUCCAUAAAGUUGAUAAUAAUAUCAGUGAUCAACUUCUCAAGGAAACCGGAUCUAAUCUGAAGAAAUCUCUUGGCUAAUCAAUUACUUCAACCUUUCAUCAACAAUAGAAUCAACGACAAUUGUUCUCAAACGGUUCUGAAUCUACUCUUGGAAUCUGCUGUACAUUUUUAUCACUUUAUCAACCAUUUUAUCAUUUAUCCUUCGCUUCAACUUUAUUGCAGAUGUUUUUUUUAUGAAUCAAAAUUACUCAUCUAUUGAAACUGGUUUAUCAAUUGCAAAUUUCACCAGGUAAUUUGGAAAAAAACUCAUAAAACCUAACUGUAAAAUUUUACCUGUAAAGCGCAUAAAAUAUUGUGCCAAAGAAAAGGAUUGUUAUUAUCACAACAAUUCAAAAUCGUUAUUUCACAGCCAGUAUAAUAAACAGAUUGAUUUAAGCAAUCAA